CGCGGGGCCUCAUGGAAGGCCCGGAGGGCGGCGGACGGGGACCCGUAGCGCGGGGCCCCGAGGGACGGCCGGCGCCCGAAGCCAGAGUGCACUUCCGAGUGGCGAGGUUCAUCAUGGAGGCAGACAAGGUCCUGCUCUAGAGGCCAGGCUGGAGUGCAGUGGCGCGAUCUUGGCCAACUGCAGCCUCUGCCUCACGGGUUCAAGCAGUACUGCCUCAGCUCCCUGACUAGCUGAGACUACAGGCGUGUGCCACCAUGCCCGGCUAAUGUUCGUAUUUUUAGUAGAGAUGGUUUCACCAUGUUGGCCAAGAUGAUCUUCAACUCCUGACGUCAGGUGUCAAGCUGGGGAUGCGGUCCAUUCCCAUUGCCACUGCUUGCACCAUUUACCAUAAGUUCUUCUGUGAGAGCAGCCUGGAUGCCUAUGACCCUUACUUGGUCGCCAUGUCUUCCAUUUACCUGGCUGGCAAAGUGGAAGAGCAGCAUCUGCGGACCCGUGAUAUCAUCAAUGUGUCCAACAGGUACCUUGACCCAAGCGGUGAGCCCCUGGAGUUGGACUCCCGCUUCUGGGAGCUCCGAGACAGCAUUGUGCAGUGCGAGCUUCUCGUGCUGAGAGUUCUGCGCUUCCAGGUCUCCUUCCAGCAUCCACACAAGUACCUGCUCCACUACCUGGUUUCCUUCAAGAACUGGCUGAACCGCCACAGCUGGCAGCGGACUCCUGUUGCCGUCACUGCCUGGGCCCUGCUUCGGGACAGCUACCACGGGGGGCUGUGCCUCCGCUUCCAGGCCCAGCACAUAGCCGUGGCAGUGCUCUACCUGGCCCUGCAGGUCUAUGGAGUCGAGGUACCUGCUGAGGUCGAGGCUGAGAAGCCAUGGUGGCAGGUAUUUAGUGACGACCUUACCAAGCCAAUCAUUGAUAAUAUUGUGUCUGAUCUCAUUCAGAUUUAUGCCAUGGACACAGAGAUCCCCUAAGGCCUUGGGCCAGGCCUGCCCAAAGAGAAGCCCAGGAUGGUCAGCUGCCUGGGGACACUGCCACCACGUCGCCAUGAUGGCUGUUCCCCAGAGGACCAGCUGGGAGGACUGGUUGUGCUGCUGGAGAAGGGCUGGUGAAGGCGAUGCCAUACUGCCGCUUUGACAGUACCUAGCAGUCGCGGUGAUGAUGAUGGGAACCGCGCCUCCCGCGGGCAGGCCAGGAGCGCACUGUGCGCAGCUGACCCAAGGCAGCCUCAUCUGCUUUUGUCCUUUGAGAGGACUCUGACUACAAUAGAGGCAUGACGUCAAUGAAGUAGAUGAGACUGAAUCCCUAGGGAUUUUUUAUAGCGAGAAUGAAUGUGCAACAAGGAUCAAAUGUAUUUUGUGUAAUAAAAUGUGAUAUUAAUCAACAGA